AUGUAUACACGUGCCUUCCUUAAUAUACGUGCUCCAAGCCUCAGGCGCCACUUCUCCAGCACCCGAGCCUCCAAUGCCGACUUCACACAUGCAGUAAUAGGCGCAGGAGUUGUCGGCCUCGCCGCAGCCCGCCAACUCGCAGCUCGGGAGGGCACAUCAACAAUCCUACUAGAGCGACACGAUGCCCCAGGAACCGAGACAAGCAGUCGCAACUCCGAGGUCAUCCACGCAGGCCUCUACUACCCAGCAACCUCACUAAAAACCACCCUCUGCAUCCAAGGCCGCAACCUCCUCUACGAUCUCUGCAAAAAGAACAACAUUCCGCACCGAAACACCAAGAAAUGGAUCGUAGCCCAAACCCCAGACCAAUGGGCCGCUGCCCUAAAGAUACACACCCACUCGCAAACCCUCGACGCACCCACGCGCCCAAUAAGCCGCACGGAAGCCCAAGCCCGCGAACCAGACGUCAAAGCCGACGCAGGCAUCCUCGAAUCCGAAACAACAGGUAUAGUCGAUAGCCACUCGCUAAUGACAUACCUACAAGGGUCCUUCGAAGAGCGAGGCGGUGACAUAGCAUUCAAAACACGGGUUACAAGCGUCGAAGCCGUGGACGGCGGGAAGGGCGGGUAUAAACUGACAGCCGUGUCAGACGAAGACGGGUCCGAGACUAGCAUCACUGUUGAGACGCUUGUUAAUUCGGCUGGACAUGGCGCGUGCGAGAUUAGCAAUAUGUUGUUGCCGGCUGAGAGGCAUUUCGUGCCGCAUUAUGCUAAAGGGACUUAUUUUUCUUAUGCUGCCAGUCGCCCGCGUACGAAUGUGCUUGUUUAUCCCAUUACUAUGCCUGGGACGGGGGGAUUGGGAACGCAUUUGACGCUUGAUAUGGGUGGGCGUAUUCGGUUUGGGCCUGAUGUUGAGUGGGUUGAUGCUGCUGAUGAUCUGGUUCCUAGUGCUGCUAGGCUUGAACGGGCGCUGCCUGAGAUAAAGGCUUAUUUGCCUGGUGUUGAUGCUGAUGCUGUUUCGUUGGAUUAUUGUGGUAUUCGGCCUAAGCUGGGACGGGGCGGCGCUGUUAAUGAGGGAUCUGGUUUCCAGGACUUUAUUAUUCGAGAGGAGGAAGGUUUGCCUGGAUUUGUUAACCUUUUGGGGAUUGAGAGUCCUGGAUUGACUAGUUCUUUGGCUAUAGGGGAGAUGGUCGAAGAGAUUUUGUAUAGAUGA